UCUGACAAUGAUGAAACUGAUGAGAAUUGUUUAAAUGACCAGCCAUUGGGUCCACACUAUGAUGAAGUUGUUCCAAAGUCCAGAAGGACAAAAAGCAUUCUGGAAGGCCCUGACACUUUAAAUACCAAUCAUUUAUUGAUGAAAAAAGUUCCAGAUUUUUCUGAUUCCCUCUAUGAUUCAAGUGAUGACAGUACAGAGGGCCCUUCUACUCAGUCUAAGUCUGAGACGGCUUCACAAAGGUUGGAUACAUUACAAGAUUUUCCUCAAACUCUUAGUGAUUCAACUGAGAGUAAUGUGGAAGAAUUCAAUGAUGAGGAUUCCACAAAGGACCAUUCCGAUGUGCAAUCAGACAUUGAAGUUGUUCCAAAGCUGAGAAGGACAGAAAGCAUUCAGAUGAAAAAAGUUCCAGAUUUUUCUGAUGCCCUCUAUGAUUCAAGUGAUGACAGUGCAGAGGGCCCAUCUAAGUCUGAGAUGGCUUCACAAAGGCCAAGGAGAGGCUGUUACUGUCCUAUUCAAAAGAUUCUUGUAGGAUCAGAUGCCUCAAGUGUAGACAGCGAAGAAGAGUAUAUUCCAGGUCCAAUGGAGGAGAGCACAGACAGUGACUGCAGCUUGGAAAUACCCAUGACAAUUAAAAAUAUGAACGAAGUUUCUACUAGUCUUACAAGAUGCAAGUCUUCCAGUCAGAGCCAGUCUGAGUCCUCCAGUCAGAUCCAGUUUGUGUCUCCCAGUCAGAGCCAGUUUGAGUCUUCCAGUCAAAGCAGCAGCUUUGAAAAAAGCAACGGUCCUGCUGAUGAGGAUGCCCUUGAAAACCAUGAAAACAAUGCAUCCAUCUAUGUGAAUCCAGUUUUGAAGAAGGAGGAUGGUUCAAGACUCUACAACAAGAAGCAUCACUGCUUUUAUUGUAAAAAAGUAGUUCAAAAAAUGUUGAGACAUUUGUUGCGUAUGCACAAUGAUGAAAUUGAUGUCACAAAAGCGUUCAGUCUACCAAACAACUCCAAAGAAAGACGACUGCACUUAGAUUUCAUUAGAAACAAAGGAAACUUUGAACAUAACACCAAUGCUUUCGAGAGCCAGAAAGGAAAGCUCAUUCCUUUCAAACAACCAAAGAAAAAGACUGAGGGACAAGAAUUUCUACAUUGUGUGUACUGCUAUGGACUAUUUACAAAAAGAGUGCUGUGGCGACACUUUCAGGUUUGCAAAUUCAAGCCUCAGGAAAAAAAAUCUAAACCAGGUAAAACAAGGGUCCAGGCACUGUGUGCUUUUGCUGAACGCGCUCCACCUGGAUUUAGUGAUGCAUACUGGAAGUUCUUGAAUGACAUGAAUCAAGACAAGAUUGCAUUAGCUGUAAGCAAGACAGCUGCAUUCUGGAGUACGGCUACAGACUGUUCAAGAAGAACGAAAGAGUAAUCAGCCAACAUCAAUAUAUCCGACAAAAGCUGAGGGAGCUUGGCAGGCUGAUUGUGGCUGCAAAAAAAGUUGCACCAGUAAAGACUAUAAAAGAACUCAUAAAACCUGAGAAGUAUGUUCAUGUUGUAACUGCCGCAAGAUGCUUAGCUGGCUUCAGUGAUGAAACAGGCAAAUAUAAAUGUCCAUCACUGGCCAGAAAAGUUGGACACAGCUUACAUGCUUUGGCCAUGUUUGUGAAGUCAGAAGGAUUGAAGGCCAGAGAUAAAGAAAUUGUCAAAGGUGCUGAGGAAUUUGCUCAGCUCUACCAAGAAAGUUGGAAAUUUGACAUUGCAAGCCAAGCACUGAUUCAGCUCCACCAGUCUAAGUGGAAUUGUCCUCAGCUCUUACCAUUCACACAGGAUGUCCAAAGACUUCAUUCCCAGCUGUCUGAAAAACAACAGCAACACUUGGAUGCCUUGAAAGAAGAGGUUUCCCCCUCGAACUGGAAAGACCUGACAAAAGUGACCCUGGAGCAAGUAAUUCUCUUCAACCGCCGGAGAGAAGGAGAAGUAUCCAAAAUGCCCUUGUCUGUGUACUUGUCCAGAGACCAAUCAGAAACGCAUGAAGAUGUUAACUUGGCCCUUACAGAACUGGAGCAGAAGCUUUGCAAACAUUUUGUCCGGAUAACCAUAGUUGGAAAGAGAGGAAGGAAAGUUCCUGUUCUCCUCACUACACUCAUGAGGGAAUCUCUUGAUACUCUGGUUGAGAAGCGAGAAGAAUGUGGGGUACUGACUGAAAAUGGUUUCUUGUUUGCAUUGCCUCAUUCUGUCCACCACCUCAGGGGUUCUGACUGCAUAAGACAGUUAGUGCAUGAAUGUAGUGAUAUCAAAAAUCCCAAAGCUCUAACCUCAACAAAACUCAGGAAACAAAUUGCAACGCUCUCUACUGUACUGAAUCUGAAGAACACAGAACUUGACCAGCUGGCAGAUUUCCUUGGGCAUAACAUUGAUGUACACAGAAAGCACUACCGCCUUCCAGAGGGGACCCUACAGCUCGCCAAGAUAAGCAAAGUUCUCCUGGCAUUGGAACAGGGACAGCUCGGAAAAUACAAAGGAAAGAGCCUGGAUGAAAUUCACAUUGAUCCAAAC